AGUGACAAGUAUAGAUACGUUUGAUAUAUUUUGGCAAAAUUUCUAAUCUCUUAUUAAAAUUUAAGGCCUAACCGGGGUUCAAGACAAGCUACAUUAUUAUUAACUAUAAUUUAUUGUUGCUAUUGGUAUUUCUUUAAAAUAAAGAUACCUCAAAAGAUUGUUUCGCGUAAUAUAAAAUUUUGUUUUUAACUGUUUGGACCUUGAAUCCCGUUUUCUUUUUAAUGUAUCCGGUGUGAAGCUUGUUGUCAGGGACGCUGUUCUUUGCCAUCAAUAUCUUCAGUAAAGAUGGCAAAAGAAUCAAUGGACCCAUCAAGCUUUGAUAGGCUUAUCACUAAAAUUCGACAGGUAAAUUAAAAAUGAUUCGUAACGUAUAUUGAGUUUUUUUCGAUUAGAAAAUAAAUCUGUAAUUUUAUGUAAUUUUGUUAAAAUUACUGUACUGAUAACUGAUAAUAAUAAGUAUUUGGAAGGGGCCAUCAUGUUAUAAAUACAUUUACAUGACGUCACGCAAAUUUUUCCGAUUUUUGACACCCACACCUCCCCCUCAAAUAUAACGUCAAAAAUCUCUGCACCCCCCCCCCUUUUUUUUCUAAAAAUUCCCUGUGUCCACUUCUGUCCUUUACAAACCCUUUAGUUUUAGCCCUUUAGUUUUAGAAAUUCACCUCCCAUGUUUUGUAUAUCAAUAUCAAAUUUAUGCACCUUUGUCAGAAACAUUUCACUAUAAGGUUCUUAACCAGAGCUAAAAGUACCUCUCCAGCCCUGAGAUGCGGAACACCAAAAAAUUGUAUUUGCUGCCAUAGUUAGCUAGUUGUUGCUAUUUUAAACAAAAAAAAAUCAGUUUUUAUGCAUUUUGAUUAGCACAGUAAAUGUUUUUUCUGGUGAAUUUUGUUUGCGCAUUACAUGUAUUUUGGUAAUUUUUUUCCUUGUUUAUAAAAAGUUACUUAAAGAAAUAAAACAAUGAUAACUAAAUCAUUUAAUCAUUUUCAUAUUUUAAAUUUUAUUAAAAUAUAAUUUAUACGGUUUGGGGGGUUGUUUAAAACAGAGUGGGCCUGCAGUGCUGCAAAAAGGUUAGAAAUCCCUGCCCUAAAGCAUUUACCAAGAUCACCACCCCCCCCCCCCCCCCCAUUUUCAAUCCCACUUCAUGUGGGAGUCCUAAUUCUAUGAGCCCCGUCUCCACAUUUUGACAUAAAUUCUCACGACUCUUAAUAUCGCUACACCCAUUUUCUCCUCCUUCAUGUUGGUCUUUAACUUGAUUAUAUGCCAUUUCUUGGACCUCACAUACCUGAACUGAUUCCCUCAGGGAUCAGAGUUUAAAAAUAAAAUUAUUGAUUAAGGCCCUCUCCCCUUCAUCACAAAAAUUAGACCCUCCAUAGAUGCGUGACAUCAUUUAUGGCUGGCCCCUAAGCAGCAAUGUCAAUGAGUCAUUGUCAUUGAAUGUCACGAACUCAAAAAGUGUUAAAAAAUUAUCUCUAAAAGGAGAAGUUAUUAAAAGGUAAAUUGCAUCAACUCUGCAUUGCUCAGGUGGUUAUUGAUAAUGAUGAUUAUAUUAUAUUCUGGCCAAAUUGUAGACUAUAGAUUAUAGCCACUAUAGGCUAAUUGAAAAGGCAUAUUAAUAUUUCAGGAGACAGAUUCUCACGAAAGGAAGCUGAAUAUCUUGUACACAUCUAGGGGAUAUUUCAAUGCCGAACAGGUAAGUUAUAGUUGUGACCGUGACAACAGACUGGCAGAUAAAUUAAUAUGGAAUUUAGGUCUCAAUACUAUAAUAAUAAAAAUAAAAUGUUUUGAAUAAGGAAAAUCCACUUGUUUAAAUUUUGUAAAUAUCUUGUUGAUGCAAACAAGAAUUUUUAUGUCAAGGUUAAUCAUAACUUGACAGGUACAAGAUUUUCUUUCUGUUGUUUCAUAAAUCGUUUAUUUUGUGGAAAUAAUUUUAGCCUCCGUGCCAAAUCGCAACACUAAAAUUUGUCAAAAUUAACAAUUACCGAAACAAUGCAUUAGUUGAUAAUCAUUAUAAAUAGAAUGGAAGUUAACAAUUUUUAAAUAUCGUAUACAUUUGAAUUGAAUUAUAAAUUUGACGAAGUUGGUAUUGUAGUUUUUUUACCACCUCUUAACAGGCAGGAAGAAUCCUUUAUGAAUUGCCAAGACCAGCUGACAAAGUUGCAGCUCUGAGGAUGCUUGAAUCUGUAAGUAUUAUACAUUUUAUAAGACAGUUAUGUUUUAAAUAUGCUAUAAAAAGCAUGAUUUUUAAAGUUGAAGCACUAUCUUGUAUAAGUUAUGUUUUACAUAACUGACUCCAUUACAUUUUAUUACAUUUUAAAUUUGGUAUCCUAAAAAUUUGUUAAGGGAUGUAAGUAACAUAAUUUAUAAUUAGUUUACAGAUAAAUGAGUAUGUUUUUCUUAUGAAACUUAAUGAUGGGGACAUCUUAGCAUUGCAUCAUAUUUUUUAUAUAUUUCAGCGAUUGUGUCGAAUGACUUGUAGAGAAGCUCGUAAAAUUGUAGAAGCUGUAAGCAUUCACAAUGAUAGACUGAUUGCUCUUGAUUGUAUAAAACGGUAGGCCCUAUUCUGCUCCAUGGAUUUUUAAUAAUUCUAGCUUUUAAUGAAUAAAAAUUCAAUUUUUAGAAUAGAAAAAGAACUUUUUAAAAAAAUAAAUAAAUACAAAGGAAGUGUACAGGAUGAUUCUAUAUAGAUUUGGCCUAUAUAUUAAUCCAUAGUAUUUUAGAAUAUACACUGCAGCUCAUUUGCUACUUAAUAUGAAUUUAUUAUGUAUGGUUAAUCAGAAUGCACUUGCUGUCUUUAUUUAAUGCCUGUAUUUUUUGAGUACAUGCUACAUAAAAUGAAAAUAACAUUAAAAAAUUAUUUUUGACAGUGUUCUAAUGGACAGCCAAAGCACUCUUGGUGAGGAAUAUUCUCUGAGUAGCAUGAUUUAUGAGAAUGACAAAUGUAGGGCCAGAGCAAUACAACAAACGGUUAGUUAAAAUUUAAAAAAUGUUAUUAUUGUACUUUGUACUGAUGAUGUUAGAUUAUAAAUGUCUGUUAUGCAGACCAUAAAAUUCAUUUUUGGUAAUAGGGCUGAGAGAUGAUAUUAUUUUAUUUUACUUAAGAAAUAGAUAAAAACAAUUAUUCCAGAAGUAAUUGCUGAAAUAAAUGAUUUACAGAAGAAAGUGCAACACAUUUUGAGUCUUAUUAAAUUUCCAUGACCUUUAGCGAGUUCUUUUUUUUUUUUUUAAUGAAUGAGAAAUUGAUUAUAAAUAUUGUUAUUAUUGAAUUUUAUAGUUAUAAUUAGUGACUAGCAUAUUCAUGAACUAAAAACUGCUAAUUCGUCAGAGAUUCUGUUUUUUUCUUCAAGAUUUAAUCUGCCAGUGAGCAUUAUCGUAAUUCAUUCCAUCUUAAGGUUAGGUCAGAUGUUGCAGAUCAGGUAGCAGCAGGCGGUCACCAAGGCUAUGCACCAUUUGGUACACUUUACACUCAGUCAAGACCUUUGCUUUUCAACUUGUAUGGUGACAUUGCUAAACAGGCAGAGAGCGCACCGGUACUGCAUUUUUUACUUCUAAAGAAUGAAAGGAAAUUAAAAGAGAAAAAAAAUGGUUUCACUGUACCCACAUUUAAAAAGUUUCUUGUUCACAAAAAAAAUGAAAUAUCACCUUGAGCAUUCUCUAAGAGUACAUAUUUAAUUUUGUGUGUGUGGUCAUAGUGAUUCAAAGCCAAGACCCAAGCAAGGAAAUGCGUUUUUUAAGUUUAAUAAAAAAAAUAAACAAAACAUUGUUUACAAAGUAACAUUAUCCACAACUUAACAUUGGAUGUUUCUACUUCUUAAAGACUUUAACUGUCACGAUUCAAUGGUUCCCAUUUUUUCAUUAUUAUGAUGUAAGGAAUUCUGAUAAAAAUAAUAUACUGUUACUGACAUAGAAAAUUACAUGGCAUUAUUUGAUAAAUUAUUUUUCUCCUGUAUAUUGCUGAUAAGACAGAUGUUACUUUAUCUCACAGGGUCAUGGAAAGAUCAAGUUACUUCCCACAGCAGAUCCGGGGUUGGUUCCAUCCCUGUACACUGGCCAUCCAUCUUAUGCAUAUCCUCCUGACAUUGCCUAUGCUGAUACCAGAGGAUACCCAGGCACUUCUGGGUUUCCCGCACGUGUAACAGCCACUAGCGACUAUCCUGGCGGUGCCCCACCACUUGGCAAUCAUAGUGGUGCACCAGCUCCAACAGGCUUUCAAAACCUAGAAGAGGCACACAUUGCCUACUAAAUAGCAUUUUGUGUUUUUUGUGUGCUUUCAAACAUGUGUACAUCAUAUUAUGUGCUAAUUAUGAUUUCCGCUGAUUUGUAUUUCAUAAAAAUAAACUUUCUUAACAACCCUGAAUGACAAAUAUGUGGUAGAACAUCCAAUGUAUUUUAUGUUCAACUGUAAAACAUAAUGAACUAAUUAUUGGUAAAAAAUCCUCUAAGGUUCUGCUAAGUGAAGAUUGUGAAAUCUAGUUAUUCUUUUUCUUUCAAAAUUUAGGAAUUAAGCAGUGUCUACAAAUGGUUUAUGGAAGGAUUCUGAAACAUGUGCCCCUCAUCAUUUUACUUAUUAGAUUUUUGAACUAUAAUGAUUGCAUUGUGGACAUAUUAUCAUGUAGAUACUUAAAAUGUCUAGAUUUUCAAUUGAUUUUAAUUUUUGCGAAAGAGUCUUUAAACAUAACAUAAACGGUUUCUAAUUUUAAGUAGAAAUUCAUAGAAUGGGCAAAUCACCAUUGUUCCUCAUCAAUUUUCUCCUAAAAGACAGAGUUCUAUAAAUAUAUAGUUUCUUUUUAAUAAAAAUAGGAUGCUAUAAAUUUAAAAUUAAUUAAAUCAAUUCAUUUUAUCAGACAAAGCUGUAGAAAUGUACCAAAUAGCAUUUUCGAAUUUCCUUUUGCAAAUAAAUAUUUUCCAAACACAUAUUUUUAAUUAUUAUUUGAUUUAUGGAAACCAGUAAAACUAAAGAUCUUGUUUCUGAGAUACUUAAGGCAAGAAUAGAUCCCCCUGACUCCAACCACUUAAGAAAUUGGAAAAUUAAGACUUAUAUUGCUAUAGCAGGGAAUAUUUUCUUUCAUUUGUGAAUCGAUCUUGGACUGUAAAUGUUUUCAUCCAAUAAAGCUAAUUAUAUACACAUUUUUAAAGUCUUAGUAAAUAAUUUUCCCCGUUUCCCC